UCGUUCAGUUUGAAGAGAGCUCUCCAGUUCGUAUUUUUUUACAGUUCCAUUCAGUUGGUGACUUUCCAUUCGUUCAGUUCACUACUUCGUAGUGAGGUUAUGUAAAAAGUGUUGAAACUUGUUUUCAUUGAUAAGAAAAAGGAAUUUUAUUCACUCGGUCUAUUUUGUGGCUAUGUGUUUGAUCUGAAAUAUUCGGUUCAGGUUGUUGUUUAAACUAAUAAAUCUUACGCGGUCUUAUUCUACAACGCGAUCGACAAUGAUGGAAGAGCCAGGAUAUUCACAUAAUCAGAAUGCUGUCGUUCAACCACUAUUAACAGAUUUAUAUCAAAUCACAAUGGCUUAUGCCUAUUGGAAAUCGGGUAAAACAGACGAUUCCAGUGUGUUCGAUUUAUAUUUCCGAAAAAAUCCCUUCGAGGGCGAAUUUACAAUAUUUGCUGGUUUGGACGAGUGCUUGAAAUUCAUCGACAAUUUUCGCUACAGCGACGGUGAUAUCGAAUACCUGAGACAGACACUACCCGAAGGAAUUGAAGAUGCUUUCUUCGAUUAUCUGAGCGAACUAACGGCAAAACAAGUCACCGUUCAUGCUAUUGAAGAAGGAUCGGUGGUCUUUCCUCGAGUGCCUAUAAUCAGAGUUGAGGGUCCACUCAUUAUCGUGCAGCUGCUAGAAACAACGCUACUGACUCUGGUCAAUUACGCAAGUCUAAUGGCUACAAACGCAGCACGAUAUCGUAUGGUUGCUGGCAAACACAUAAAAUUACUAGAAUUCGGUUUAAGGCGAGCACAAGGUCCCGAUGGUGGCCUAUCGGCGUCGAAGUACUCGUACAUUGGCGGAUUCGACGGAACAUCCAACGUAUUGGCGGGAAAACUGUUCAACAUUCCCGUCAAAGGCACCCACGCCCACGCAUAUAUUACAUCGUUUUCCGGUUUCGCCGAGCUGAAAACGCGAAACAUCAAACACAAAGAACACGGAACGCUGCGCGACCUAUUGGAACUGGCAAUCGGCCAUCGAAACGCUUUGUCACAAACGAUGGAAAUAUCAACGGAAGAGUCGAGCGAAGGUGAAUUGGCAGCCAUGGUUUCAUUUGCAAUCGCAUUUCCGGAUGGAUUCAUGGCUUUAGUCGAUACGUACGAUGUCAAGAGCAGUGAACCAACCAAUUCAACGAUAAAUGAUCCUUCAACCCAUGCCACGAAUGGAAUUGUAAAUACAAAUGGUUUGAAUGUGCCAAUAGAAAAUGCCAAAGUUGAUGAAAAUUCAAAUUGUGAACAUGCGUCGAAUAAUGAAAAUCCGUUAAAUUCGUGUACAGAGGACAGAGUAAAUGGGGAAUUUAGUUACAAUAUUGUUGACGGUGAUAAUGAUGAUGUUAACAAAAUGGAUGAUGGUACUGUACAUAAAUGUCAAUCUAAUAAAAUGCUUUCAACGCAUACCAAACUGCUAAAAACUGUCGGGAAGUCAUUCAGGAGCGGCCUUUUGAAUUUCUGUGCAGUAGCUUUAGCAUUAAACGAUCAGGGUUAUCGAGCGUUGGGUAUACGAAUAGAUUCGGGUGAUCUAGCGUAUCUGUCGUGUUUGGCUCGUGAGACAUUCGAAAAGGUGGCUGUCAAAUUCAAAAUACCUUGGUUCAAUACUUUGACAAUUGUAGCGUCGAAUGACAUCAACGAAGAGACAAUUUUAAGCUUAAAUGAACAGGGCCAUAAAAUCGACUGUUUCGGCAUCGGAACACAUUUGGUAACCUGUCAGCGACAACCUGCACUCGGUUGCGUUUAUAAAUUGGUGGAAAUUAACGGCCAGGCACGAAUUAAGCUAAGUCAAGACGUGGAAAAGGUGACAAUGCCGGGCAAUAAGAAUGCAUAUCGAUUGUACAGUGCCGAUGGUCAUGCACUCAUUGACUUACUGCAAAAAGAUUCGGAGGAUGCACCGAAAGUCGGUCAAAAAGUGUUAUGUCGACAUCCAUUCCAAGAGUCGAAACGGGCCUAUGUUAUUCCGUCUCGCGUGGAACCACUGUAUAAGGUGUACUGGAAAGAGGGACGCUUGACGCAACCGCGGGCCACGUUGGAACAGACAAGAGAUAAGGUGAAACGAUCUCUGGAGAUGCUGAGAAGUGAUCACAAACGCAAUUUGAAUCCAACUCCCUACAAGGUUGCCGUCAGUGACGAUCUGUACAGUUUCAUACACGAUUUAUGGCUGCAGAAUGCUCCGAUUGGCGAGCUUUCAUGAUAGAUUCCGUCCGGGAAAAUGUACUUGCCUGUUGUUUUCCUAUCAAUCAAAAAAAUAUCGAUGUGCGUGUCGUCUGUGUAAAAGAUUACGUUCCGGAACAAAAUCGAACUUAAAAUCCAAAAUUUAUUUAGAAUGUAAGGGAAUUGUGAACGAACUUGAUUUAACAAAAAAAAGGCAGAACGGUAUGAUCUACCAACCGAAGGACAGUGUCAAAGGGUUGUAGACUUGAGUGUAAAAACAAUAGUUUAAGAAUCACAAGUUUGUGGUUCGAUUAGUUCUUUAAACUUGCGCGACAUUUUGUUUCGUAGCCGUUACUUGGCGCUUGUAAUCACACACUAAACUAAGUGGAAACCAAAAUAAUCUUAACAACAACCAAAGCAAUUUCUUAUUUGUACCACGAAUUACACAUUUUUUACAUUUUAUUUUGCUUGUUAGCAUGCUGAUCGCAGUCUAUAGUUGAAUAAGUUAGUUGGUAGCUCACAACAUACAGUACCCUAAGACAUUUAUUCGUACUGAAUGAUAUGGGUACGGUCAACGAUUUUUGAUUCGUUCGUUUGGUUUAGCCUGGUGUUUGGUUCGGACGGAUGUUACUUAAGUUGAGUUAAUUUUUAAGUUCUCGCAGAUUCGUUCUCACCUACCGCAGUCGACGCAACAUGUCGAUAACAGAUGAGAUGACCUAGUCGUCUGUAAAUGGUUAAGACUUCUAACGCAUCCGCAACACAGCAGAAGGUAGCCAGAUAAAUUAGAGAACUUCAAGAUUUGUAUACAUCAAUAGAUGUCUAUAUUAUCGAGUCUAAAGGCUAUCCAGACUUGGCAUGGCAAAAGUGGCGGCCAUGCCGGUAAAAAUAUUUUGACUUUCGCUUCAGAGAUCGACCGAUCGCUCGCAAGAUAGCCAGUCCUGAAGCUAUCAUGUGAUGAAAAAUGAUGACGGUGGAUAUUUGGUAGAUCGUGGUAGCACCAUUUUCUAUAAUCAAUAGGGCCUAUACUACAUAUCCAAUACGAUUUCAUAGUACAGUUAGGUCUAUGGAAAUUUCAGCAUGUAUUUGCUUCAGCUGUUUUCCAGCUGAUCCAUACAAUCGAAAUGGUUUAAACGUCUUUAUACGGUUUUACCACUACAACGCGCGUGCGUGUUUUAGCUUCAACCAUUGAACAAGUAAGGGCAGUUUUGAUUGUAUGUGUGGAUCAGCCGAAAAGCAGCCGAAGCAAAUUCAUGCUGAAAUUUCACUGCCUCUGACUGUAUGUAGUCAUUGUGAUCAUUUCCUUGAAGAAGAAAAAACGACAAUCUUCGCAGAAUUGUUUUAAAAUGCACAAAAUUUCGAAAGAAAAUGCUCUGAGACCGUUAGGUCUUAUUUAGCUGUAGCCACCGACUGAAUGCAGACUGAUGGGUCCGAAGCUCGCUAUAAGCUGAAUCAUGGAUCAUAUGUGUUUAUCAAAGUUGAUGCACGCAUUCUGUCAAACACAUCAGUUUGACUCGGUUUGUUGUGUAAAAGAUGAGUUCGUUUCACUACUUUCGUGGCAACUUCAAAUGUGAAGACCUUAUGCUUUACAUGAGUUUGUGUGAUAACAGAAACAAUUCUAGUAAACGGCUGGGUUUGAAAUGUGAAAUUCAAUUGGGCUUUUUUGAGCGAAAUAAUUUGCUUUUUACAUUAACGAUCCCAUAAACUUUCUAAAAGGUGAAAAUCUAAGAAUACUCUGAGACCCUUGUGUCUCAAAGAGUUUUCAUGCAGAUUACUAUUCCUAUAGAUGUUAAACGCAGAUGAUUGUGUCGGUAUCGGGUAGGCAAGAAUCUAUUGCAUCCUGAGUGUCACAUACCUAUGAGCUGUUUCGGACGGAACUAGUUCAGCUCUGUCUGGUGUUCUCUUAAAAAUUGAGAAGCGAGUCUACUAAUGAAGUACUAAUAUUAUGCAUGCCGUGCCGUCUGUAAAAAGUAAUUUUUUUCUUUUGUAUUAAUUGGGCACUUGACUGUGAGCCCUCGGCUGUAAUUGUUGAAAGGAUUCAAGGGGAAUUGAACUUAACUGAAAUUGUUUCUGAAAUUGUUUGGCACUUAAAAAUGUUGUGAGCCAUAACGGUGGUAGACCAAACAUCAGACACAAAUACAAAAUUUACUAAAGUAACAAUCUCACGCUUGAGCUAUAUAAAUGAACAAAAACUUCUACUUUAAUUACGAAUUUAAUUAAGUUUAGGUGAGUUAG